GCCAAGUAGACAGUGACAGCUCAGCUUACAGAGAUGUAUGCCUCAUGCCUCGGUUCCUUCCCUGCAUAUUCAUAGUGUGAUUUCCCAAUGUAUAUUGGGCUAAGUUCCUGUCCCCGCCAGCGGAGCGUAUGUGUGCACAAACACGUACCAGGUUGGAAUCAUUGCGACUGAUGAAGAGUGCUGCUCUGUGGCCCCGCCCCUACGCUAGCAGGCGGUUCCGGGUAUAGGCGGCACAGCUGGGAAUGAUGGUGACUGGCUACUUGGAUGACUGUACUUGUGAUGUAGAAACAAUUGACCACUUCAACAAUUACGGGCUGUUUCCUAAAUUACAACAACUGGUGGCCAGCGACUAUUUCCGAUACUACAAGGCUAACUUAAAAAAACCAUGCCCGUUUUGGGAGGAUAACUCUCACUGUGGUGUAAAAGAUUGUGCUGUGAAACCAUGCCCUACUGAUGAAGUUCCAGGACUUAAACCUCCAGGAUUUAAGUACACAGAGGAAGCAAAUCGUGCACAUGAAGAGAUAGAUGACUGUGAGAAGGAAAAAAGACUUAGUGCUGUUGAUGAAUCUCUAAGUGUGGAGGCUCAGGAAGCUAUGUUAAAGUGGAAUCGGCAUGAUGACUCAGCAGAUAACUUCUGUGAACUAGAUGAUGAAGAGUCUCCAGAUGCAGAAUAUGUAGAUUUGCUAAAAAACCCCGAACGGUACACUGGUUACAAGGGAGCCGAUACUUGGAGGAUUUGGAAUAGCAUUUAUGAGGAAAACUGUUUCAAACCAAAAGCAGUUCAGAGACCUUUAAACCCACUAACGUCAACUAGAGGAGAAAAUGAAGGGAAGGUGUUUUACAACUGGCUGGAUGGUCUGUGUGUAGAGAAGAGAGCAUUUUACAGACUUAUUUCUGGAUUACAUGCCAGCAUCAAUAUUCAUCUUUGUGCAAAUUACCUACUAAAAGACACUUGGAUGGAUAAGAUUUGGGGUCACAACACUGCUGAAUUUCAAAAGAGGUUUGACGCUACCCUCACACAGGGUGAAGGUCCAAAGAGGCUGAAGAACUUGUAUUUCAUCUAUCUAAUAGAACUGCGAGCCAUAUCUAAGGUCCUUCCAUUCUUUGAACGUUCUAGCUUUUUGCUGUACACUGGAAAUGAAACUAAAGACACAGAAACCAAAAAGCUACUGUUGGAUGUCCUUCUGGAUGCCAGAGAUUUUCCUUUGCAUUUUGAUGAAAAUUCCCUUUUCUCUGGUGAUAAAAAAGAAGCAGCCAAGUUAAAGGAAGACUUCAGGCAACAUUUUAGAAACAUCUCCAAAAUAAUGGAUUGUGUUGGCUGUUUUAAGUGUCGCUUAUGGGGCAAGCUUCAGACUCAGGGACUGGGCACAGCUUUAAAAAUUCUAUUCUCUGAAAGACAAAUUGAGAAUUUGUCAGAGAGCAAUCAGCCAAGUGAAUUCCACCUAACAAGGCAAGAAAUAGUGGCACUGUUCAACGCAUUUGCCAGGAUUUCGACAAGUGUUAAGGAACUGGAGAAUUUUAGGACAUUAUUAGAGAAAGUUUAAAGGUGUCUCAGCUUCCCUGAACUCAUUCACAAACAGCUGGGUUAACGCACUAUUGGCACUACUGAGAGACUAUGCAAUAUUGACUAUAAAUAACAACAAUCAUCAUUGGGGGAAAUUCUUGGUUCAACCUUGCUGUACAUACGGGUACUUUUUUAAUAAACCAGAACCAACUGUGUAUAUAGGUAAAUAAAAAUUAUGAAUAUUUUGAA